GUACACAAACCAUUUGCUACAUCAUUCGUUCAAUCGAUCACUAGGAACCAUGAGCAACGAAGAAGAGAAGAGGUGUCCAUUGUGUGCAGAAGAGAUGGAUUGGACUGAUCAACAAUUAAAGCCCUGCAAAUGUGGUUAUGAGGUGUGUGUUUGGUGUUGGCAUCACAUAAUGGACAUGGCAGAGAAAGAUGCAACAGAAGGACGGUGUCCUGCAUGUCGCACACCUUAUGAUAAAGAUAGAAUUGUAGGGUUGGAAGCAAAUUUUCAGAGGGUGGCUGCCAAUUGUUCUAGUCGAAAACAAAAGCAGCCAAAAGCAAAACAAAAACCAAAUGAAGGAAGGAAGGACCUUAGCAAUGUUCGAGUGAUUCAGCGAGAAAUGGCGUAUAUCAUUGGGUUACCUCUUAGUCUAGCUGAUGAAGAUUUAUUGCAGCAAAAAGAUUAUUUUGGCCAAUAUGGGAAGGUUACCAAGGUUUCCCUUUCUCGGACGGCGGGUGGGACUGUUCAACAGUUUGUCAAUGAUACUUGUAGUGUAUAUAUUACGUACUCGAAAGAGGAAGAGGCAGUGCAAUGUAUUCAAUCUGUGCAUGGCUAUGUGCUGGAUGGUAGGUUGUUAAGGCAAGUACAUAACUUUUUAUUCCUCUCACUUGUAUUUCUGGGCUGUUGUCUUGCCAUUGUAUAUAUUGAUUGCCAUUUAAAAUUCAUAUUUUGCAGAGCAUCAUUUGGAACAGCAAAGUACUGUCAUGCAUGGUUAAGGAACAUGCCCUGCAACAAUAUUGGUUGUUUAUAUUUGCAUAGUAUUGGUGCUGAAGUAGAUAGUUUUGGCAAAGAUGAAAUAGCUGCAGUUCAUACUAGGAAUAGAGUUCAGGAAAUUGUUGGUGCCACCCAAUAUUUGCAUAAACGGGCAGGAAGUAUGUUGCCACCACCGGUAGAUGAACACUUGAUUAACUGCAGUGCUUCGGCCGAGGAACCUUAUUUUAGCAGUGGUCUGAAAGAUGUAGCUUAUGCUGCAGUAGCUUCUGGGGAUCACUUGCCCUGUUCAAAGGACAAGGAUGGGAUAGUUAGAUCAUCCAAACAUAUGACAUCUUUUGUAGAUAUUGUUGGAAGGUCGUGUAAUUCAGGUUCAGAUAAAGAUACGAACUCGAUUGCAGAAGGGCGGAUGCUAAACCUAUGUUCUGAUAUGUCUUCUGUGUGCAUAGAUAGAAGUAAUCAUGACAAGGCUGAAAGUUCAGAUUUAGUAUCGUCAAAAUCAUCAACUUCUGGGCAUUUCGUUAAUGGAUUGUCCGGUAGCAAAUUAUAUAGUGAGCCUUUUAGGGAAGCUUCUAAACUACAUUCAGUAGAACGAGCUGAUCUAACACUUAAGGACACUAACAUUAGAAAAGUACAAUCUGGUUUGGCAUUAGAUUCUGGAAGAGAAGUACGGCUUAAUCCAUGUAAUCCUAUGAGAGAAGAUUCACAAACUUCUGGUGACCAGAGAUGGAUAGAUUCUGUAGCUUUAAGUCAGAAGGCUUCCUUAAAUCCUUCUUAUCCUGCUGACGUGAUUAAGAACUAUAGUGGUCAUGCUUGGUGGCAUAUGGAGUCUAGUAGUCAAAAUGUCGACGGUGCAGAUUGCAAUAAUGUAAAUAAUGAUGCAGAUGAAGCCUCUAAACUGUCUACAUGUACAAAUUCUGUAGUGAAUGAUGGAUACAACGAGAAGAGAUUUCAAAGUUUGGCUAAAUCAGAUAGGAUAUAUAGAUGCUCCAAAUCAUUUUCCAAUGAAGAAAUAGUAGAGCACCUCAGACGGCUUGAUGAUGAUACUCUUGUGAAUGAUGACGAAAAUUCUGCUAAUGUUGAAAGCAGUAUAAUAUCCAAUAUAUUAUCUAUGGAUUUUGAUGGGUGUGAUGAUUCGGUCUUGCCUCGAACUGUAGCUGGAUUGUUUGAAGGGAAAGAUGGGCGGCAUGGCUCUUCCUGGAACUUCCAAAAUAGUGAUCAAUCUAGAUUUUCAUUUGCAAAUGACCAGGGAUAUACUAAUCAAGAGUUGGAGAAAUUUUCUACUUUUCAAGAUUCUGGGGAGAACCAGGACAGUAUCUAUUAUCCCCAACAUCAUGCAUCCAGUGCUCAUAACUUGAUACCGCCAGGAUUCUCCAAACCCCCUCCAGGGUUUCCCUUGUGCAUGAGAACCGAGAAGGUUGUUUCUGCCAGUUCUGGGAAUUAUGGGAAGAAAUCUUUGCCAAACAAUCAUUAUCGUACACCAUCAAUAGGGAAUCUAAGCAAUGGUAGCGAUGAUCUUAUCGAUCCUGCCAUAAUGGUUGUUGAACGAGGCAAAUCAUCGUCUUUUAACAUGAGGUCCAGCUCCUUUGAUGAAGAGACAAAACUCUGGCGCUUGAUGCAACAACAGCAAUCUGUGUCUGCCACACAACAUUAUCAUGAGCAUCCUCAACUUUCUCGAACUCCCUCCAUCAUGCAACAACAGCAGCCGCCCCAGAUUCCUUCUUCGUGGGAUGAUCAUUAUGGUGAUCUCUCUUCCAGGCAUCAACACCACCAGAGUUACAGCCAGCGUCAGUACUCACAGCCGAAUGGGUAUCAGCAGGCUGAACAAGUUAACAGUAGAAGUGAAGUGGGCUUGGCAGAACAAAUCCAGAGGAAUGAGAGAUUAGGGUUGGACAAAUUGUUGCCUGGGUACAGUGAUUAUUUGUUCCAGAUGCCCAGUUCUGGCGAUGUACACCCGUGUAUUUGGAAUGUAAAUUACUCACCCUCCUAACUUCUCUGGUUUGGUUUUGAUGAAAUGAAAUGAACACUCCAUC